AAUCGCUCGGCCUCCCCCAUCCCCCGGUAACGGUCGCUGGUGAGUUUAAAUGAGCCGGGGCUGGCCGAGCCGGAGCCGCUACGGGGGGGGGGCCUGAGGCACUGCAGAAAGUGGGCCUGAGCCUAAAGGAUGACGGUGCUGCAGGAACCUGUCCAGGCUGCUAUAUGGCAAGCACUAAACCACUAUGCAUACCGAGAUGCAGUUUUCCUCGCAGAAAGACUGUAUGCAGAAGUACACUCCGAAGAAGCCUUGUUUUUAUUGGCAACCUGUUAUUACCGCUCAGGAAAGGCAUAUAAAGCAUAUAGACUCUUGAAAGGACACAGUUGUACUACACCGCAAUGUAAAUACCUGCUUGCAAAGUGUUGUGUUGAUCUCAGCAAGCUUGCUGAAGGGGAACAGAUCUUAUCUGGUGGAGUGUUAAAUAAACAGAAAAGCCAUGAUGAUAUUGUUACUGAGUUUGGUGAUUCAGCUUGCUUUACUCUUUCAUUGUUGGGACAUGUAUAUUGCAAGACAGACCGGCUUGCCAAAGGAUCAGAAUGUUACCAAAAGAGCCUUAGUUUAAAUCCUUUCCUCUGGUCCCCAUUUGAAUCAUUAUGUGAAAUAGGUGAAAAGCCAGAUCCUGACCAAACAUUUAAAUUAACAUCUUUACAGAACUUUAGCAACUGUCUGCCCAACUCUUGUACAACACUAGUAUCUAAUCAUAGUUUAUCUCACAGACAGCCUGAGACAGUUCUUACGGAAACACCCCAAGACACAAUUGAAUUAAAUAGACUGAAUUUAGAAUCUUCCAACUCAAAGUACUCCUUGAAUACAGAUUCCUCGGUGUCUUAUAUUGACUCAGCUGUAAUUUCACCAGACACUGUCCCUCUUGGAACAGGAACAUCCAUAUUAUCUAAACAGGUUCAAAAUAAACCAAAAACUGGUCGGAGUUUACUAGGAGGACCAGCUGCUCUUAGCCCAUUAACCCCAAGUUUUGGCAUUUUGCCAUUAGAAACCCCAAGUCCUGGAGAUGGAUCCUAUUUACAAAACUACACUAAUACAACUUCUGUACUUGAUGUGCCAUCCACCGGAGCCCCUUCAAAAAAGUCUGUUGCCAGAAUCGGCCAAACUGGAACAAAGUCUGUCUUCUCACAGAGUGGAAAUAGUCGAGAGGUAACUCCAAUUCUUGUCGCACAAACACAAAGUUCUGGCCCACAAACAAGUACAACACCUCAGGUAUUGAGCCCCACUAUCACAUCUCCCCCAAAUGCACUGCCUCGAAGAAGUUCACGACUUUUUACUAGUGACAGCUCCACAACCAAGGAGAAUAGUAAAAAAUUAAAAAUGAAGUUUCCACCUAAAAUCCCAAACAGAAAAACAAAAAGUAAAACUAAUAAAGGAGGAAUAACUCAACCUAACAUCAACGAUAGCCUAGAAAUUACGAAAUUGGACUCCUCCAUCAUUUCAGAAGGGAAAAUACCCACGAUCACCCCUCAGAUCCAGGCUUUUACUCUCCAGAGAGCAGCAGCAGAAGGUUUGAUGAGCCUUCUUCGUGAAAUGGGGAAAGGUUAUUUAGCUUUGUGUUCCUACAACUGCAAAGAAGCUAUAAAUAUACUGAGCCACCUACCUUCUCACCACUACAAUACGGGUUGGGUACUGUGCCAAAUUGGAAGGGCCUAUUUUGAACUUUCAGAGUAUAUGCAAGCUGAAAGAAUAUUCUCAGAGGUUAGAAGGAUUGAGAAUUAUAGAGUUGAAGGCAUGGAGAUCUACUCUACAACCCUUUGGCAUCUUCAAAAAGAUGUUGCUCUUUCAGUUCUUUCUAAAGAUUUAACAGACAUGGAUAAAAAUUCACCAGAGGCCUGGUGUGCUGCAGGGAACUGUUUCAGUCUGCAACGGGAACAUGAUAUUGCAAUUAAAUUCUUCCAGAGAGCUAUCCAGGUUGAUCCAAAUUAUGCUUAUGCCUAUACUCUAUUAGGCCAUGAGUUUGUGCUAACUGAAGAACUAGACAAAGCUUUAGCUUGUUUUCGAAAUGCUAUCAGAGUCAAUCCUAGACACUAUAAUGCAUGGUAUGGUUUGGGAAUGAUUUAUUACAAGCAAGAAAAAUUUAGUCUUGCAGAAAUGCAUUUCCAGAAAGCACUUGAUAUCAACCCUCAAAGUUCGGUUUUACUUUGCCACAUUGGAGUUGUCCAGCAUGCUCUGAAAAAAUCUGAGAAGGCUUUGGAUACACUAAACAAAGCCAUUGUUAUUGAUCCCAAGAACCCUCUAUGCAAAUUUCACAGAGCCUCAGUUUUGUUUGCAAAUGAAAAAUACAAGUCUGCUUUACAAGAACUUGAAGAAUUGAAACAAAUUGUUCCCAAAGAAUCCCUCGUUUACUUCUUAAUAGGAAAGGUUUACAAGAAGUUAGGUCAAACGCACCUCGCCCUGAUGAAUUUCUCUUGGGCUAUGGAUUUAGAUCCUAAAGGAGCCAAUAACCAGAUUAAAGAGGCAAUUGAUAAGCGCUACCUUCCAGAUGAUGAGGAGCCAAUAACUCAAGAAGAACAGAUCAUGGGAACAGAUGAAUCCCAGGAGAGCAGCAUGACAGAUGCGGAUGACACACAACUUCAUGCAGCUGAAAGUGAUGAAUUUUAACUUCCGGAAAUCAAACUUUUGCAACUGGAUGUGUGACUAGUACUGACAUGUUUCUUGUCCCUCCAUAUACUGAGUCUUCACUCGAGCCGGCAGUGUCAUCCCUCAUCACUUACGCUAUGAGUGUGCCACUUUCAUUGGACCCUGACUGUGCACAGAAUGAAAGGCAGUGCAAUAGUUAGCUGCUAACAAGACUGGCUCUUCACCAGUAUGAAUGACAAUAUAAGGGGGUAGGGUGGGGAACUUGCUUUUCUUAUUUUCUUUAAUCUCCCUUUGUUGGAAAGCUAUCAUGGAAGGAAGAGUUAGGUUUGAUCUUGAAAGAACCAUUAGAUAGGGAAAAUAGUGACGAACCAGAAUUUCUUGGCCUUUUUUCCAAAUAUUUGUUUUUAUUUGGUUCUGUUCUUGAUAAACAGAGUGACUGACCUUCAUUUCUAGGUUCUUCAAGAAUGGUGUUAGCAAGUGCCAGAUGGAACAAUAAAAGACAUUGCCUAUAACAGAGUAACUUGAUUGCCAAGGAAUGUAAAUUACCUUAAACUUGCAGUGUCUCCUAUAAAUAAGUGUAAUGAGCAUAUUGGGACUCGUGUGUAGGAAUCAAAUAUCCUCUGAUACAGUGUACACUUAUUCUUGGCAAGAGUGCUUUAAUGUCUAACCAAGAAUUUAAUUUAUUCAUCUUGCUCCAAAGUGUUGAUCAUUGUCUUAGUAUUGAAAACUUUAAAGUUGAUCCUUACCAUAUUGUCUCUUCUCUUUGAGCUCUGUGAAAUCGCUUUUAACAUUCAGAGAUGACAGAGUGGGCCCACUGAAAGACCAAAACAAAGCCCUUAAUAACCAUUUAAGUUCACCAUAGGAAUCAGUAUGAGAACACUGAAGUGGAGAGACUAUAGGAGAUCAUGACAGUGAAAGCCUUAAUACAAUCAUAAUUGCACCUUGAACCUGUAUUUGUUCAAGACAGUAUCCCUUUGACUUUUCUAAGUGUUCGCAGGGUGCAAGAAUGUGCGGUUACCUUUGAUUAAGGUCGGAUCCAUUCUUUUCAGCUCUCUGCUUUUGAUUAUUUUCAGAGUAUGGGUCACCAGAACGUUUACUAAGAGUGGUUUAGGAUAUUUGAAAUUUUUAGUUGAGGGAAAUAAAAAAAACAUUCUUAUGAAGGAGACAAACUUAAGUUCUCUCCUGAGUUUAAGUCAUAAUAUAGGUUGGUGUCUUUGGGAAAUGGCCACAAUUUUAAAGAUCUAAUUAUGCAUAAUAAAUUGAGAAUUAUUGGAAUUUCACAGCAACAUUUAAACAGUCUUAAAUUAUGUAUCUCCUUUAUUUUAAUUGUUGAAAUUUUUAGAGAAACUUCAGUUGUUAACAUUUUAUUAAGUGCCAAUUGCAGAGUGUAACAAAUUAUAGUUUCUUAAUGAAUGACAGGCCUACAGGUAUUAUUUGAUGAAGGAAAAACUUAUCUACUGGUUACCUGUACUUGUUAGUCAAACUGUGAAAAUAAGGUGGAUUAUGGAAGAUGUGAAAAAUUUUUUAGCCUGUAGACUCAGUAAAUGUCUGUCAUUUGCUGUUAAUUUGCUCAUUUUUGAACCUGGAUUAGAUACCAUUAAAAAUGAAUUCAAGUCAAAGUCCUAGAUUAGAUACUGGGUGCCAGAGAGGUGUUUAGCAAAAUUUCCUUUCUAAAUCUAUGAACAUGUGCUAUAUCUUUAAAAAAAAAAAAAUCACUUAUAAGGAAAGGUUGGGACAAAAUGAGUAUCACUAAAAAAUUCCCAAAGGCUAAUGCUUGUUCUAACAAAUACUCCAUUUUAUUAUCCAUUAGUUCUGUAAUACUGAAUUUUAGAGUCUUUCAUUUUUUUUAAUUGGCAAAUCAUAAGCCAAUUGUCUUACAGUAUCUAGAGUUUCAUAGAAAGCUUCAUCCUGAGCUCUGUGUUUCCAAACCUGGAGAAAGCUAAGCUCAUAACAUAAUUCACUAAAGUAUAAUUAGUUAUCUUUUUGUGGUAGGAAUUUCUGUCCUGUGCCGGAGGUGAGAAUCUUUCUGGUACUGAUUUUGAGACCAAGGGUUAAAGGAUAGUUGCAGAAGGCGUACCAUGGCAAUGGCUGCCUGAGGGACACUCCCAGCCCAAUCUUGGCCUAAGGUUUUUUUUCCCUCAUACCUAUUUUCAAAGCCAUUCAGGUGUAGGGAGCCUUGUUUCUCACCCACUAUCUGUUUCUGGCUACUUUGUUUUACUCGUCUGGCAUAAAAUAGGGAUCAAACAACCAGACAAGGAAACAAUUAUGAUCAAGCAAAAUAUUUGCUUCAAAUUUCAGAAGUUACUUGGAGGGAAAUUAAAAAUACUGAGUACUUUGACAUCUUCUUUUCUGUUUAAGCUUUUCACACACACACACAUACACAUACACACACACUUUUGUUCAGAAGUUAAGCUCUAGAGUUGGAUUCCUCCCCUGCUUGGAAAUGGUUCUUAACUCUGAGAUUUUAGAAGGUUGGAAAUAUUUUUUUCAGGCAAACUAUGGUACUCAAAUAAUGAAGAGAGGUCCCUUAACUUUUCUGUAUUUCAUUACUUUAAAAUUUUUAUUUUUUCCAUGAACUGCAAGUAACAUUUGAACCAUGCUGCUGUUGUACCUUAAACAAAAACUCAGUGAUAACCAGUAUUUAGUCUAUUAAAAAUGUUCUUUUUGAAGAAAAAAGUUUGGAAGUCUCUGAUUAGCCAGAGUACAGUAGGGUCUUCACUGAGAAAUAUGGUCAACUGUUUUUCUUUGUGAAAGCCUAGGAAGAUGCAAGUGUGGGUGUGAUGUGUGUGUUCUAUUUGCAUUGAAACAAUGUAAUUUUAUGUCUUCUUUUUGCUUUUCCUGACUUAUUUCAGAAAUUGUACAGUCUUGGGGGGAGGGGGAGUCUUUUCUGUUAAUAUAUUUGCAAUUCAUUAAAGGAUAUGGAAAAUCCAAA